GGUGGCCGCCGCCUGCCGUGGUGUGGUACGAGGGAGAUGAAGUGGUGGACGAGGGCUACCAGAUGGAUGACGGCGGCGCUGCUGUAGUCAACGAACUCCAGUUGGGUCCUCUAACGCGCGGUGACCUCGGGCGUCGACUGUCCUGCCUCGCUUCCAACACCAACCAGACCCAACCUGCCACCACCACUGUCACCCUGGCCAUGACACUGAGCAUCGUUGGUGUGCGGGUGGAGGAGGUGACGUCAGUGUGGGCGGAGGAACAGGCGGAAGUUAAGUGUAGGGUAUGGGGGUCCCGCCCACCGCCCACUGUCGUCUGGUGGCUUGGGUCUGUCAUGCUGCCGCCCACACAUACCAAGGUGGUGGAGGAUGGCAACCUGACAAUCUCCAUACUACACUUCACUCCCAAGCCCCAGGAUGACGGUGCCAUGCUUAUCUGUCAGGCGACCAAUGAGAAACUCCCUGACCAAGCGGUACAAGACUCUCGGCUCCUGUCCGUCAGCUACGCACCACAAGUCAGGGUCCUGCUGGGCAAGUCUCUGGACCCACUGCGCAUCAAGGAAGGUGAUGACGUGUACUUCGAGUGUCAGGUGGAUGCCAAGCCUCCUAUCUUCAAGGUAGCCUGGAGACACAACGGGGUGGAGCUGUUGGCUGGUGCCGGGGUGUUCGUGUCCAACAUGUCUCUCGUGGUGCAGCGGGUCACCAGAGGCCACGGCGGGGACUACACUUGUGAGGCUUCUAACAUUAAGGACACUUCCUCUUCCCCGCCCCUACACCUCGACGUAAAGUACGCCCCAGUGUGCGCCAGACAGGAGAGAGUUCAACACUCGGUGGCCAAGCUGGAGAACGCCGAGAUCUCCUGCAGGGUUCACGCUAACCCAGCCAACGUCACGUUCAGGUGGACCUUCAACAACACGGCUGAGGCGAUAGAUGUUCCCGACGGCAGGUUCGUUGUGGCCGGGACAGAGUCAAGAGUUAAUUACACUCCUAUGAAUGAGCUGGACUAUGGGACGCUGUUGUGCUGGGCAAACAACACCAUUGGUCUACAGCAACACCCCUGCGUCUUCCAUAUUGUGGCAGCAGGUACUGUUAAACCUCUUCAUCCACACCUUCAGGUACUGUUAAAACCUCUUCAUCCACUCCUUCAGGUACUGUUAAACCUUCAUCCACUCCUUCAGGUACUGUUAAACCCUUCAUCCACACCUUCAGGUACUGUUAAACCUCUUCAUCCACACCUUCAGGUACUGUUAAACCCUCUUCAUCCACCUUCAGGUACUGUUAAACCUCUUCAUCCACACCUUCAGGUAAUUGUUAAACCUUCAUCCACACCUUCAGGUACUGUUAAACUCUUCAUCCACACCUUCAGUACUGUUAAACCUCUCAUCCAAUUCCUCUUAAACCUCUCAUCCACCUCAGGUACUGUUAAACCUCUUCAUCCACACCUUCAGGUACUGUUAAACCUCUUCAUCCACACCUUCAGCGUACUAAACUCUUCAUCCACUCCUUCAGGUACUGUUAAACCUCAUCAUCCACUCUUCCAGGUACUGUUAAACCUCUUCAUCCAAUUCUUCAGGACUGUUAAACUCAUCAUCCACUCCUUCAGGUGUGGCAGGAAUAACGUCUCCGCUAGUGGAGGAGAGUCGUGGGCUCUCCUCCUUCAGUGUCCCCAACCUCCCGACCCACCGCUUACAAGAUCAUCAUCGCUGCCAUCAACGACAAGGGCGCCUCCAGGGUCACCGAGCCAGGCUUAUACUGUCAGAAUACCAGAGACCCAGGAGGAGACGAGUGCUGAUCUGGCGGCGGAGGGAGGAGGGAGGCUGCUCACCCACAGUAAGGACGGCGCCUCCACUGGCCUCCCGUCAGAGGCCUCCCCACCUGACGACCGUAACCCUGACCUCAUCUCUCAUACCCCAGACCCCACAGAGUGUCAGGAGGAACACUGUGCUGAGAUAGCCACAAUAUCGGCAUCGUCCUCCUUCUUCCUGCAUAAUGGAGGCCCGACCUACCCUGCCUCCUCCUGUGCCGCCCCUGCCGCAACCUCUGCCACGGUGGGCGGGGCGGAGUACACACAACUGGUGUGUUCUGAGGCCCUCCACGGCCCCCAGGCUGCUGCUGUAUCACACGUGCCUUACUUCCAUGACUCCCAGCAGCCGCAGGUAAGAGAGGUGACGCUACCGCA